AUGAACAUUGUCAUUACAAAACUUGGAAUUUCUGUCACUAAUUCUGACGGUGUUGGUUCCUUUCAACCCACUAACGAUAGUGAAUCAUCUUCAUGUUAUUAUCGUUUAAUUGAUUCCGAAGAACCAAAAGCCUGUGCAUGGCUAAAUAAACUUGGUUCUUUUUUGACUAAUUGGUUAAAAGAUAAUGGAAAUUAUAAGACUAAUAAGGUAAAGGAAAAGUUAUUAGCUUUUCCAACAGGAUAUUAUCUUUAUGAAUAUAGGAAGUUAAAUAUUGAUGGUACAGUAAGAUCAGAUACCUACUUAUAUGGUGCACAUAGAUUUCGCUCCCCAAGUGAAUUCUCACCACAUUUAAAAUGGUUAGUUACCAAAGAACCUUCAUCAUUUCUAAAUCUUCCCGUACAAAAUCAAGCAAGUCGAACCAAAAUGGCCAAAUAUGCCGAAUAUCGUACUGGUGAGAUAGUAUGGGUUAAUCUUUUAAAAGCCAAUGAACCUAGAAAAGUUGCUCCGGAUGUUGAUAAAGUAAAAUUUACAAUUAAACUUGUCGUGAUAAAUAUUGAAGUAAAUUUGAGAAGAACUGGAAUGUUACCAUGGAAAGCAUAUGACCCAAAAAUUUCUGAUUCUCUUUUCGAACGUGUGAUAGAAGCCAAUCAAACCGAACCAAGAAUUAUUAUAAUUGAAACCAACAUACAAGAAUAUGUUAGAGCUGUUCAUCGUGCUAAGGAGGCUGCUCUUACUUAUUCUCCCAUGAAAAGUUUCUCAGUUUCAGAAAAAUCAGUAACCUAUCAACAUUUUGAAGCUUUAAUGUAUGGAGCAGAAGUGAUUAGAGCAGGUGACUUAGUUCGAUUAAUACCUGAAGAUACCGAAGAUAAGGAAGUUGAACCGGAAUAUCCGGAAUUUCUAGAGAUUGGAACUAUUUUUAAAAAUCCAGAGAAAGGAAUUCAAUUAACUGGAAAUAUUUUACAACGUGGUAAAUUAUUGAAUAAAACAGGACCUCUUAAGUUAGAAGAUUAUAAAUGGUGGAUCUCUCAUGAUUUAAAUGAGGAAUUUACAAUUGAUUUAGAAGAUGUAGCUGGACGUUUUUAUUUGAUGAUGCCACAUUUAACAAUUCGCACCAAAGCAAAUAUUUUCAAAAAUGUAAAUGAUCGAAUGUCAAUUAUCGAAUCAGGGUCUGAUAUGGAGAAAUUAAAAAGUAUACCAGUAACACCUAUAGUAAGCGUUAUUCCGGCCAAGAGAACUUUGGCUAAGUUGAGUACACGUAUUGACAAUUCAGAUUCAUCACCUUCCGUAAAAAAACAAAAAAGAUAUAUUGUACAAUUUCCAAAAAAACGUCCAGUCAAAAUAAUAAAGAAAGAGAAGUUUAAGACCAAACCUGAUGUUGAAUAA